AUGUCUUCCCGAGAAAUGGAUCAGUGCUGGAGUGAUGAAACUCAAAAAUUAUUCAAAAAUGUUGGCGAACGGUUCAAGCAGGCUUUUGUUAACAAUGAACGCACCCAAUUCGAUGCAGAAGUAUUCUUAUCUUUGUUUGAACAAUAUCUCAGUGAACCCAAUACUAUCGAUUGGACUAGGAUGAAACCAUUAAGUUUGAAAUUUCAAAAAGAUUAUGAAUCACUGCCGUACUGUUCGGGGAAGGAAGAACGAAACGAGAUUGUGAAACGCCUCUCAGUUGUGAAACUAAAUGGGGGCUUGGGAACAACGAUGGGUUGUGAUGGUCCAAAGUCAUUAAUCGAAUUGCGCAGAGGACUCACAUUCCUUGAUUUUGCCAUUGGUCAUGUGCAGCGUUUUAAUGAACGGAGCAACAGUUCGGUACCAUUAGUUUUAAUGAAUAGUUUCAAUACUGACCAAACAGUCUGCGAAUAUUUGGCUGAUCGCAAGGUAAAUAUAAGAACAUUCCUGCAAAGCAAAUGUCCGAGGAUUUUUGUGGAAAAUUCAAUGCCCGUUCCUUUGAUUGAUGGAGGUGAAAAUAUUGAAGGCUGGUAUCCACCAGGUCAUGGGAAUAUUUUCGAAUCGAUGCAGUUUACGGGUGUUUUGGAUGAGUUGCUUGCUCAUGGACGUGACAUAUGUUUCAUCUCAAAUAUUGAUAAUACUGGUGCAACAAUUGAUUUGCGAAUUGCUAAACUAAUGGUAGAAAGUGAUUUGGAAUAUAUCAUGGAAUGCACCGAAAAAACGGAAGUAGAUAGAAAGGGAGGCACUUUGGUUGAAAUAAAUGGAUAUAUCAUGCAUUUGGAGAUGCCACAAGUGCCUAAUGAUCGUAUUGAUGACUUCUGUUCAACGAACAUUUUCAAGAUUUUCAAUACCAACAAUAUUUGGGUUAAUCUGCGUGCCGUCAAAAAGAAACUUGGUGAAAUGAAAAUGGAAAUUAUUGUCAACAAAAAGGUUCUCAGUAACGGUAUGUUUGUCAAUCAACUGGAAACAUCAGUAGGUGGUGCCAUUCGAAAUUUCGACAAGGUGUUGAGUCUUCAAGUGCCCCGCUCUCGCUUCCUUCCUGUUAAGAAUACCCAGGAUCUACUUGCUAUUAUGAGUGAUUUAUACGAAGUCACGGAGAACUUUUCGCUGCAGUUUGUUAGAAAGGACAAAGCACCAAUCAUAGAGCUGUCGAGACAUUUCAGCAAGGUUUCCGAAUUUCGAAAACGUUUUCGUGAUAUUCCACGGUUACGACAGUUAAAAUGGCUAAAAGUUAAGGGUGACAUAUAUUUCGGACGCCACGUGGUGCUGAAAGACAACGUAGAAAUCGUUGCUGAUCAAGGGCAACCACUUGAAAUAGCCGAAGGUGAAUGUUUGGAAAAUAUUAAACUGAUACAGACAUCACAUGCUGAGGUACAGAGAAUACCAAUAGUAUUAGAUAGUAAUCAGAUAGGAAUCAAAGUCGGAUAG